GAAUGAAAAUUGAAACUUUAAGCAUUCUGUUUCUACCUUUGUCGCAUUGUUUAACAUCGCCCAUUCCAUUAGUGAAAACCAAAAAUCUAAAUAAAGCCUCAAGGCAAAAUGCUGAUGGUAAAAUUUUAUUGUCCAGAUAACAUCAUCUGAAGUUAUACCCAGAAGAUGAAUCUGGCCCCAUGUCGACUAAGAAACCUGUUGUUGUGGAAUCCUAUGAUGAGAUUGUAUUCACAGAACCGCCAGAGAGUUUUUUAGCUCGUGUUACUUUACCACCGCCAGAUGAAAGUAAAAAGAAGAGAGGUGACACCAAGGACCAUCCCCUAAGCCCGUGGUUCUUGAAUUUCUCUGAAGCAGAUGAGCUAUUACAACUUGUAGCUGCUCGUCAGCAAGUACAAGCUCAUAUUGCUAAGCUCAGACGACAAAUUAGCUUGACCGACGGGCAGAAUCAACAGUUCACCACUCUGAAUAGUCCUGGAAAUUUUGAGACUUCCACUUCCAGUUUAAACUGAUUUCGCGGCAAAGGCACGUGAUACCAUAGUAAUGUAACUGAGAUAUGUAUUUUCUAAGACUUCUCAUGGCUUUUAAGCUCUGUACUAAUAAAAGCAUGGCAAAAGGAACAGUAUCUACAAUUUCUUUCUUUAAUAGAAGGUAAAUUCACUAAUUGAAAAGCACCAGUUUCUGCCUAGUGCUCCUUGAAGAUAUACAAGUAUAAACUGCCUGAAAGUAAAAUAUAGUGGAAAAUAAGAACUAGUCCUUAAAUUUUA